UUUUUUUUAUUAUUAUUAUUAUCGCUUAACAAUGAGAAAAGUUUAUAGAAUCAGUUUAUUUGAUACAAUUACCAAUGGUUUUAUUGCUGGUGCUAUUGGUAUCACCGCCAUGACACUGGGUGAAAAAGUAGAACAAGGUAUUACGGGUCGUCCCAGCUCUUAUGUGCCUGGACAUACAUUAGAGAAGCUGCUCGGGUUAAAGACAAAGCCAGACUCUGAACGCUUUAUGAUGAACCAUGUUAUGCAUUUUGGACAAGGUAUUUUGGCGGGUUCGAUUCGAUCAAUGAUGUCUGCGUAUGGUAUGGAUGGACCAUUUUCGUCUUUUAUGUUUGUGUUUAUCAGAUUGAUGAUUGAUCAGUCCCUUGAAAACUUGACGGGUGUGGGUGCUCCUCCAUGGACAUGGCCAUAUAAUGAACAAGUCAUUGAUAUUCUACACAAGAUGGUUUAUGCCUUUGUUACAGGAGCUGUAUCUGAUUACUUGGUCACUAAAAAAUACAUCAAGACAGAGUAAUCAGAAAAUGCUUAUUCUCUUCAUUUAAUAAAACUGUAUUUAGCAUCUCUUAGUUUGACCAUCGCUCUUUUGAUCUUUCAUUUUACCUCUACUAUAAAAUCCAAC